UGUUGGUCUUUCUCCUCCCCAGACCAACGCGGACACGGACGCAGAGGAGGAAGGGGGAAGUCAAGCACAAAAACAAAAGAUUGCUUUUUUAGAGAAUAAUUUGGACCAGCUAACGAAGGUCCAUAAACAACUCGUUAGAGAUAAUGCCGACCUGAGGUGCGAACUGCCCAAGCUAGAGAAGCGCCUGCGAGCAACGCAAGAGCGGGUGAAGUCAUUGGAGCAGGCUCUGAAAGAGGCCAAGGAAGGCGCGCAGAGGGACCGGGCACGAUAUCAGAAGGAAGUGGAGAGAAUUCGGGAAUCCAUGAGGCAGAAACAGGCGGCUGCUAGGAAGGGUGCCCAAGGACAUAUCGCCAAACCUAUCCGCCCUGGCCAGCAGCCAACAUCACCCAGUGUCCGUCCCAGCAGCAGUUCCGGCAUUGGUAGCGCCUUAUUGGGUAUGACACGUCUGGCUGGCGGAGCAGUCAUGGGUUCCAACGUUCCCAACAGUCCCAGCACGCCCAGUAUACCCAGCUCGCCCAAUGGUGCCACCAUAGUGACGCCCGUAAUUCGUGGCGGGAAAGGCUCGGAACCCGUGGUGACGUAUAGCAAGAGGAUACGAAACGCAGUUAGUACGGAGUCUCUUAAUCGCCCCUUGCCACAGGGGAGUCCUAGGUGAGUUUUAAUAAGGUGUCCGACAAUAGAUUUCAGCUCUUGCCACCUCUUAUACUUUGAUGGAUCAAUACUUCCACUCUUUCUCAGAACCACGAUAAAACCUCACAUCUUAUCUGUGAUUUUAAUUUGCUUUUUGUUAAAAUUGAUGUAGUUUCGCUAAUCAUGUGCAAAGUCAACUGAAAUUCCGUCAGCCAAAUGAGUCAUUGACGUUUUCCUUGUCUGACGCCUGUUGCAUGUUUCUGCUUCUGCUUGGUUUUCUGCGGUUUCGCCGCCAUCAUAAUUUGUUCGGUGAUUGUUUUUUUGUGUGUGUUGAAACCAGAAACUAACAUCAUAACACAACUCAUCUCCAAAGAUAGCUAAUUCCAAAUUUGGGAAUAACGUGUGCCAUCCAUGCCCGGGGCAAAUUUCCAUCUAAAAUGCCAAAGAAGGGCAUCAAUUUUAACAUCGCAUUACGUUUCUUCGGUGUGGGAGGAUACCGUUACAAUAACUUGGUAGUGAGGGCAGACAUUUGUUUUUUAACUUUGUUUUAUCGAUCGAGUCGGUCGGUUAGUAGACAAAAGAGGUGUGACGGACAAAACGACGUUUUGUUACCUGCUAUGGAUGUAAUACGCUGUUUCUUUACCUGCUAUACGUCAACGUUUAAAACGCACCAUGUUUCAUUCGACUUCCUUACAAUUCUAGUGUAAAUCGGAGAAAAAAAAAUAAGAAAGAUGUAAAAAAUUUGUCUCCAAGCGGCUGGAUUUCUUCUCAAUCGCUUCUCGGUGGUUUUAUGCGACCAUCUUGAUAACGGUGUUAGUUACUGGAGGGUCGGAGCUCUGGUAUAGACUGG